GACGUAUUGUCACGUGACCGUGUACAGUGCGGAUUGCAUCAUCAUAAUAAGCAGAAAGAUACGGAGGUGUCUGCAAUUUGUUUGUAAAGGAGCAGGAAGGAGACAUGUCAUAUCAACCUAGUGGACAACCUGGUUAUCCACCACCAUACUCUGCACAGCCAGGUUACCCUCCAUCAGGUCAACCUGGGUUUCAGCCUCCCGGUGGCUACCAACCUCCACCAGGUGGGUACCAGCCGGGUCCUGGUGGAUAUCAACCUGGCGGAUAUCAACCUGGCGGAUAUCAGCCUGGGGGAUACCAGCCUAGUCCUGGUGGGUACCAACCCCAGGGGUAUCAGCCUCCAAUGGGGUACCCUCAGCCCACAGGGUACCCUUCUCCAGGACAACCCUACAGCCAGCCAAUUGCACAACAACCAGUCAGUGGCGGUGGAGCACCAGGCGACUGGAUGAAUAUGCCACAAGGCAAUCCCAAUGUACCGCCAGGCCUCGAGUACCUUACACUAAUUGACCAGUUGCUUGUGCAUCAAAAAGUUGAACUACUGGAAGCAUUGACUGGAUUUGAGACAAAAAACAAGUUCACUAUAAAGAACAGUGCUGGCCAGAAAGUAUAUUAUGCUGUGGAGGAUUCCGAUUGCCUGACUCGCAAUUGUUGUGGUCCUCUGAGGCCAUUUGAUAUGAAGAUACUGGAUAAUUUUAGAAAUGAAGUGAUUCAUUUGAAUCGUCCUUUGGCAUGUGAUACAUGUUGGUUUCCAUGCUGUCUUCAAAGCAUGGAAGUAUCAUCACCUCCAGGAACUACUGUUGGAUAUAUUCAGCAAGAAUGGAGCAUUCUGUCACCUCAGUUUAGCAUAAAGAAUGCAGCUGGUGAUGUUGUGCUGAGGAUUGAAGGCCCAAUUUGCACAUACAGUAUUUGUGGUGAUGUAGAAUUUAAGAUUCUAUCCAAGGAUGGCAGCUCACAAGUAGGAAAAAUAUCGAAACAAUGGUCAGGUCUUUUGAGAGAGGCAUUCACAGAUGCUGAUUACUUUGGAAUUACAUUUCCAAUGGAUCUUGAUGUGAAAAUGAAGGCUGUGAUGUUGGGAGCAUGCUUUUUGAUUGAUGUAAUGUUCUUUGAGAAGAGUGGUAAUAAGGAAACUGAUCGCCCUGGAAUGUUUUAGUCGUUAUAAUGAAGACUUUGAUGUUUCUAGAGAGUUUCUCAAGUUGAAGGAUUACAUGUUCUUUGAAAAAUCUGGCAAUGCUGAACAAGAUGGCAUUGGAAUGUUUUAAAGUAUGCACCAUAUUAUAUUGUUUACUAAAGCUAACAGAAUGUUUAACAUGAAGUAAGGAAUAUUGUAUUCAUACUUACCCAGUAACACAUUCGUUUGACAUCACAACAGUUUCCUCAUCAGCUUUCAAUAUUUGUGUCAGGGAGUUUGUUAAUGUUGGAGUAAGUUCAGUGACAUCUAUAAAUAUAUCAUUCAGCCAUAGCACUUGUUGAGAAAUAAAUGACAUUGAUGUACAGUGAAUUUACUCGAACAGGUGAUCAUUUUUGUAGUGCGUGAAAUGUUUUAUGUGUGGAGAGUGACACCUGUCCCCAAAACAACAGAAAUUAUAUGUAUAACCUCUUUUCUGUGUCUUGAUUGUGGUGUUGUAGAUACAUCCCUGAUCCUUCAAAUGCAAUCCAUGCUGUGAAUGGAUGCAAGUUUAUCUAUACCCUGUCUUGAUUGUGGUGUUGUAGAUACACCCCUGAUCCUUCAAAUGCAAUCCAUGCUGUGAAUGGAUGCAAGUUUAUCUAUACCAAAGAUAUUGGAACUGAAUAUGUAUUUACACUAUCUGUGAUUCACCACAUUCUCAGUAGGAGACAGAUUUGCUGUUUUAAGCUCAACAAAAUACUUGCAUAAUUCUUGAAAUUUACUUUGUAUAAAUGCAUGCAACACAGGAUAUUUGUCCUGAUACAGGAUGUACUGUAAUAUUGUCACUACAGGUAUAUUUCUUGGUAUUGCUUUAAUAUCAGUACCUAAGAGACCCAUAGUUUUAAUAUGUGGAGCAGCACCAUAAGUUUUGAAGCAUGUAUGAUUUAAGGAAGUGAAUUUUGAGAAGGAUCCAUUGCACUGAGUGUUGAUCUAUCCCACUGAAACAUGAAAUCAAUACCUUUAUGGAAGUUUAUCACAACUAAUAGAAGUUCAAUGCUGCUGAUCACUUAUCUGCUGCAGCAUGAAACAAGCAUUUAUUUAAACAUGUCCAAACAGUUUGUGAAUGCUAAAUAACAAAAGCAAAAAAUUGCAAUUCUGAAUAUCUUUUCCUGACUGCAGUGAAAGCUGGUUUGUAUAUAUUAUUUUGUAGAUUGCUCAUAUAACCUAUCCUGGUAGUUCAAUAAAAAAUGAAGUGCAUUUGAAGUGUGUUUCUGAUUGUUUCAUUCAAUUUGAAGACAAAUGUUUUAGAAAUAAGAAAAUAUUGUAUAUUUGGAGAUGUUACUAGAGUACUGCUAAUAAUGUUAUGCAAGUUGUGGGUUCCGCUUGUAGUACUGGAAUACAAAUUUCCCUUUCUUAUAAUGUUUGUCUUCAGUCAGAUAGUACUGAUAGUUUUAUUGGUUGAGAGUCACUGAUUGAAAUAUAUUAUAUUAAAUUUUCCUUUAUGUUAUCCUUGCAUUACAAAUUUUAUUUCACAUAUUUAAAUCAUAAAAUCAUUAUUUUUUUCUUAAUAUUUCAAUGUAGAAGUAAUUAGAGAGUUUACAAAUAUAUAUUUGGUGUCAUAGAAACCCUAUGUUAUUUUUUGGAGACUUUAGGAAUUGUGUAUAACAAUAAUGUUGUAGUUAAUACCUUAAACUUUUAAAGCUUUAUCUCAUGGUCAGUAAAAAUUUAGUGCAUCCUGUUGCUGAUUUUGGUUUGUUGCAUUACCUAGACUGAAAUUUCAUGGAAUCUGCAUAUUAAGUAAUGAUAAAUAUGAGUGUACUUCCACACUUCUUCAAAAAUUUGUUGUUGUUUCAAAACACAAAAGGAAAUAUGAAACAUUAGGUGUUCCUGCUUGUACUUUAAGUUGAAAUUAUAUUUAAAUCAUUAUUGGUACAUAAUUGCAAAAUAGGUGCUUUUUACAGAAAAUAAAUAUAUGUGAGAAAUGUUGAUGUACUAAUGUAUGAGCUUGGUUUUAUACAAACAUAAUGACCUAUUUAUCUGUAGAGUUUAUGCAGUGUAACUGGAAAAACAGUGUUGUUUCCUGCCAUAUGACACAGAAGUUUUACCUAUCAUUAGUCCAGGUAGUUUCUGGUGACAUUGUCUUCUCUAUAUGUUUUCCACAUGGACAGUUAAAGCUGGUACUAAUAUGUGGCACUUUUGUGCAAUUUGAAAAAAAAAGUAUUUUAUAUAAAUGUAACACAACUUAUAAGCAAAGCAUACUUGUGAUUCUUAAUGACUGUAAAGUGAUGAGCUUUGAGCAGGAAGCUUUUGCUCUAAUCCAAAUAGGGGUUAGAGUAACAAAAAUGAACAACAGUUUGUCAGAGUGCAAGCUAGCCUACGUGAAACUGGAACCUAUACACAUAUUAUUCAAAUUAAGCACAGUGAAUGUUGUUUGUAGAUUAUGAUUAUAUUUAUCCAAUUAGUGUCUUUAUUCUUCCAUUGACUGUGUAUGAGUAGCUUUGGAUGAAGCCAACAAAAUGGAAAAAAUGUACUCCAAUGGAACACUUAAUUUCCUAUAUGGUACUAUGUUUUUUGUGCCACAGAAUAUGGCUGUGUUUGUUGUUGUUAGUACUUGCUUCUCAUUUUAGGCAACUAAUAAUUAAUAUAAUAUUUUUGGUUAUAUACGGAACCACAGUAGUCUCCUUAUGUUAUAUGUGGACAACCCUUUAUUAUAUAGUUAGACAGAAUCUGCUAGUUUUCAAAAGUGUACCCCACAAUAAUAUUCUGUUACUUUAUGGAUAUGCUGUCUUUAACAGCAGGGUCAAAUGGACAUUUAAUAUGGAAUGCCAUACUGUGUUAGCUCUACAACAGAUACAUUUCCAUUUGAAGUUCUUAUUAACCAAAGGCAGCACAGGCCUUAUAUUUGGCAAGUGUUGUUUGCACAAACUUUUUUAUUGAAGUUGUAUGUGUUGUUUUUGCUGGUCUUUAUAUAAUAAUUUUUUUUCCACAUAUGAACCAAAAACUAUGCUUAAUACAACGACAACAGAGGCAGUUGCUGAUUUUAAUGUGUGCUUCUUUUGUUUCACUCGACACAACAAAUGAUGUUAUGCAAAUCAGUUCAACGAGUAAAUAAUUGUUAAGUCAAUUACUAUGAGACUUUGCAUUCGUGUUAACUAUUAAAGUGUGUCCAAAUUUACUUAUGAAAAAAAAAACUUUUGUAUAUAAAGGUUUUGGUACAUAGUAGUGUUUAUAAAUUUUUGUCACAAUUAUAUAUUGAACUUUUUGUGUUGUAAUAAUGAACUAACUGUUGAAACUGU